AACUUCCCUUCUCUCUUCAUUUCAUUGAUUUCAUCUUCCAUCAGUGAUACCCUUUCUUCCAGUUGAUCGCAUCUGCUACUGAGGCUUCUGCAAUCUUCGCGUAGUUCUCGAAACUUGGCUUUCAGCUCCAUCAUCUCCUUUAAGCCCUUCUCUCCAUUGGUUAUUCUAGUUAUCCAUUCUUCUAAUUUUUUUUCAGAGUUUUUAACUUCUUUGCUAUUGUUUUGAAUUUCCUCUCGUAGCUCAGAGUAGUUUGAUCGUCUGAAGCCUUCUUCUCUCAACUCGUCAAAGUCAUCCUCCAUCCAGCUUUGUUCCAUUGCUGGUGAGGAACUGCGUUCCUUUGGAGGAGGAGAGGUGCUCUGUUUUUUAGAGUUUCCAGUUUUUUUGCUCUGUUUUUUCCCCAUCUUUGUGGUUUUAUCUACUUUUUGUCUUUGAAGAUGGUGAUGUACAGAUGGGUUUUUGGUGUGGAUGUCCUUUCUGUUUGUUAGUUUUCCUUCUACCAGACAGGACCCUCAGCUGCAGGUCUGUUGGAGUUUACUAGAGGUCCACUCCAGACCCUGUUUGGCUGGGUGUCAGCAGCGGUGGCUGCAGAACAGCAGAUUUUUGUGAGACCACAAAUUCAGCUGUCUGAUAGUUCCUCUGAAAGUUUUGUCUCAGAGGAGUACCCGGUUGAAUGAGAUGUCAGUCUGUCCCUAGUGGGGGGGUGCCUCCCAGUUAGGCUGCUCAGGGGUGAGGGACCCACUUUAGGAGGCAGUCUGUCCGUUCUCAGAUCUCCAGCUGCGUGCUGGGAGAACCACUACUCUCUUCAAAGCUGUCAGUCAGACAGGGACAUUUAAGUCUGUGGAGGUUCUUGCUGAGUUUUUGUUUGUCUGUGCCCUGCCCCCAGAGGUGGAGCCUACAGAGGCAGGCAGGCCUCCUUGAGCUGUGGUGGGCACCACCCAGUUUGAGCUUCCUGGCUGCUUUGUUUACCUAAGCAAGCCUGGGCAAUGGCGGGCGCCCCUCCCCCAGCCUCGCUGCCGCCUUGCAGCUUGAUCUCAGACUGCUGUGCUAGCAAUCAGCGAGACUCCGUGGGCAUAGGACCCUCCGAGCCAGGUGCGGGACGCAAUCUCCUAGUGUGCCGUUUUCCAGGCCCGUUGGAAAAGCGCAGUAUUAGGAUGGGACUGACCCGAUAUUCCAUGUGCCGUCUGUUUCCCCUUUCUUUGACUAGGAAAGGGAACUCCCUGACCCCUUGCGCUUCCUGAGUGAGGCAAUGCCUCGCCCUGCUUCGGCUCGCGCACAGUGCGCUUCACCGACUGUCCUGCACCCACUGUUAGGCACUCCCUAGUGAGAUGUAACCGGUACCUCAAGCAGAAAUGCAGAAAUCACCCGUCUUCUGUGUCGCUGGGGCUGGAGGGGAACCCAAUUGUUAAGAACAACUGCAAACUUCAAGAAGGCUCUCCUCCCUUCUUCCUGAAGACAGACUGAAGAAACAUCCAACUGGUCUUGAAGGAGACUGGGAUCCUGUAACACAGCCCCGGAUAUCUGUGUUACCAGCCUUGUCUCGGCCACCUCAAGGAUAAUCACUAAAUUCUGCCUAAAGGACUGAGGAACGGUGCCUGGAAAAGACGGAGAACGUGCACAAACUGUAGGAGGAGUUACGAGUGUGCCAAAGACUCCCUGGAGAGGUGACUGGGCAAGAAUAUCACGGCAUGGGCAUGAGUAGCUUGAAAUUGCUGAAGUAUGUCCUGUUUUUCUUCAACUUGCUCUUUUGGAUCUGUGGCUGCUGCAUUUUGGGCUUUGGGAUCUACCUGCUGAUCCACAACAACUUGGGAGUGCUCUUCCAUAACCUCCCCUCCCUCACGCUGGGCAAUGUGUUUGUCAUCGUGGGCUCUAUUAUCAUGGUAGUUGCCUUCCUGGGCUGCAUGGGAUCUAUCAAGGAAAACAAGUGUCUGCUUAUGUCGUUCUUCAUCCUGCUGCUGAUUAUCCUCCUUGCUGAGGUGACCUUGGCCAUCCUGCUCUUUGUAUAUGAACAGAAGCUGAAUGAAUAUGUGGCUAAGGGUCUGACCGACAGCAUCCACCGUUACCACUCAGACAAUAGCACCAAGGCAGCGUGGGACUCCAUCCAGUCAUUUCUGCGGUGUUGUGGUAUAAAUGGCACGAGUGAUUGGACCAGUGGCCCACCAGCAUCUUGCCCCUCAGAUCCAAAAGUGGAGGGUUGCUAUGCGAAAGCAAGGCUGUGGUUUCAUUCCAAUUUCCUGUAUAUCGGAAUCGUCACCAUCUGUGUAUGUGUGAUUGAGGUGUUGGGGAUGUCCUUUGCACUGACCCUGAACUGCCAGAUUGAUAAAACCAGCCAGACCAUAGGGCUAUGAUCUGCAGUUGUCCUGUGGUGAAGAGACUUGUUUCAUCUCUGGAAAUGCAAAACCAUUUAUAGCAUGAAGCCCUACAUGAUCACUGCGGGAUGAUCCUCCUCCCAUCCUUUCCCUUUUUAGGUCCCUGUCUUAUACAACCAGAGAAGUGGGUGUUGGCCAGGCACAUCCCAUCUCAGGCAGCAAGACAAUCUUUCACUCACUGAGGGCAGCAGCCAUGCCUCUCAAAGUGGUGAAACUAGUAUCUGAGCAUCUUUUAGACAAGAGAGGCAAAGAGAAACUGGAUCUAAUGGCCCAAGAUCAAAGUGUGAACCAAGGAUAUGAAUUUUUGCAUCUUCCCAUUGUCGAAUUAGUCUCCAGCCUCUAAAUAAUGCCCAGUCUUCUCCCCAAAGUCAAGCAAGAGACUAGUUGAAGGGAGUUCUGGGGCCAGGCUCACUGGACCAUUGUCACAACCCUCUGUUUCUCUUUGACUAAGAGCCCUGGCUACAGGAAUUACACAGUUCUCUUUCUCCAAAGGGCAAGAUCUCAUUUCAAUUUCUUUAUUAGAGGGCCUUAUUGAUGUGUUCUAAGUCUUUCCAGAAAAAAACUAUCCAGUGAUAUAUAUCCUGACUUCAACCAGUCACUUAGGCUGAUAAUCACAGUAAGAAGACUUCUGGUGUUAUCUCUCUAUCAGAUAAGAUUUUGUUAAUGUACUAAUUUACUCUUCAAUAAAUAAAAGUUUAUUAUCUCAA